UCCCAAAGAGAACAAUGACUUGAGUUUUAUUUGAUUAAUUUUUAGAACGUAAAGCAAUUGAGGAACGACGAAACGUUGAAUUAGCACUUGAAGGUGCAAAUCAAAUGAUAUCGGAAUUACGCGUUGUGUUAUCAGGUGCUGAAGGACGAGCAAGUGCCCUUGAUACACAAUUAGCACGUGUCGAAGGAGCUAAACGAGAUGCGGAAUACAAAUUGGGCAGUAUUGUGUCUAGUUUACGUCGUACAAUUGGCUAUGGUUCACGCAGUAGCAGUAGUACCCGACUUCGAAGUCGUUCACCAAGUCCAGUUCGUCGCCGACCAAUUUCACCAACAAAAGGCUUUGAUAGUAACGAAAAUCGCGCAUCGCCCAUCUUACGACGAACAUCACGAAGUCCACAUCAACGUUCUCGAUCACCUGAUUAUGACGGUGAACGCGAACGCGGUCGUUCACCUGGUUCAACUUAUGUUGAUGUAGCUGAUGUUGAUCCCGAACAAAUUCGUACAGCUCUACGUGACUUUGCUCAAAACUUUAUUACUACCGAACGUGAACGCGAUGAUUGCGCUGCUGAAGCUGCUGUGCUACGUCGAGCAAACAAAGAGUUAGAAGAUAAUCUUGUAAGAACUGAACAACGUUUUAAUCAAUUACAAAAAACGUUAAUGUCAUUCGAAGAAGACAAAAAAGGUGUGGACACUCGUCUACAAGGUGCUCAAAAUGCUUUACUAUUACAAGAAGACACCAUCCGCCGAAGCGAACGUGAACGAAAGACAAUGUUAGAUCAAAUGACUGCACUUGAACGUCAAUUGAUAUCGUUGGACAACGAAAAGAAACAAUUAACUGAAAAGCUUGGCUUGUCAAAGUCGGGCGAAUCACGUUUGACAGAUGAAAAACGUCAAUUGAAACGUGCAUUAGAUGAAACCGAAGCUCGUGCAACUGAGCUGGAAAUGACUCGCCGAGGAUUGGAAGGUGAACUUCAACGUUUAAAUAUGAUUCUCACUGACAAAGACACCGAAAUUCAAGUACAUCAAGAACGAUGUGAAACAUUAAUUCGACAAAUUCAAGAUCGCGAAGAAAGAUGUCAAUCUUUACAAUUGAGCGUUGAUCGUCUUUCUUUGACAUUAGCUAAAGCUGAAGAAGGUGAAUCAAGCUUGAAAAAUCGCGUCCAAUCAUUAAAUCAAACAUUAUCUCAAACGAAUUAUCAAGCAGCUGACUUACAACAAAAACUUGGUGGUAUUCAAGGUGCCUUACAAAGUAACGAAUCUGAACGUCGUAUUCUCCAAGAUAAACUUGAACAAUCACGAUCACAAGUUAGUGAACUUAAAAAACAAAAUCAUGAAUUACUCGAACGUGUACAUCAUCUGCAAAACGAAGUUACCGAUUCAGAAAUGAGACGACAUGAAUUAGAAAAUCAAUUACGAAAUGCAAAUACACUUCUUGUUCAACGUCAAGAGAGUGAACAAGAAGUGAUUCAAAAGAUUUCGAUUUUAACUGCUGAUAAACAAGCAUUACAAGAGAAGAAUGCUCUUUUACAACGCCAAUUAGGCAACCUUGAUCUGGAGAAACGCGAAGCUGAAAGAUCCAAACUACGUUUAGAAAAAGAUAAACAUGUUUUGAGAAAAACAUUGGAUAAAGUCGAACGUGAACGUGUAGUCACUGAAGAUAUUAUCCGUUCGUGGGAUCGCGCGGAAUUCGAUCGACAAUUCCGUCGACUAGAAGAAGAAAACAUCGUUUUACAACGACAAGUCGAACACUUACAAGCAGCUUUAAAUGAAUCCGAACAACAACAUGCACAACGUUUGAUUGACUUGACAACACGAAAUCGACGUGAAACAGAAGCUGAAACUGAACGUAUUCGAUCUUCUCAGACCGCUGCUGAGCGUGCUUUAGAAGCACGAGAGAAAGCACAUCGAGCCCGUGUUAAAGGUCUCGAAGAACAGAUUACCUCAUUAAAAGAGCAACUUCAUCAAGAGCUGCGUAAACGUCAAUCAUUUCUGAAUCGUUCAUUAGUAAAUGGCGAAGAAAUCAAUGCGCUUCGUCGCGAAAUUACCGAUUCAUUAUCAUUCGUUUCUCAAGAUCCUCACGGUCUUGAUCCGAUUCUUUUAGAUCACGAAACCAAACGAUUAGCUGAUAUUCAUGAGCCACCUGUACGUCAUUCUUCGCCAACACGACGUACACUAUCACCAUCGAUUGCUUUACGUUCAAUGAGAGCGGCAGCCGCAGCCUCACCAUCUCAACUCGGUCCUUCAUCACCAAGUUCGCGCGCUCGAGCCUCACGACCACGUUACUGA